AAGCAAGUUCAGUGUGAGGAAAAGUAUCCCCAAAAGCUUCUUUUCUCCUCCAAGCAAGGCCAUCGUCGCCAUCUCUACUACAAGUAUUAGGCUUCUUCCUGAUCUUCCCAAAUCAAUUAAAAUCUCUUCUCCUUGAAGGAUAUAAUUAGCUGAACAUGGGAGGCACACUCGACUACUUCUCCAGCUUGCUGACCGCUGGCCACAGGCACAGGAAGAGGAAGCAGUUCCAAACUGUGGAGCUCAAGGUCAGGAUGGACUGCGAAGGCUGCGAGCUCAAAGUCAAAAAUGCUCUCUCAAGCAUGAGAGGAGUGCAGUCUGUGGAGAUCAACAGGAAGCAUUACAAGGUGACGGUGACGGGGUAUGUGGAGCCAAACAAGGUGCUCAAGAGGGUUCAAGCCACGGGGAAGAAAGCAGAGAUAUGGCCUUAUGUGCCCUACAACUUGGUGGCGCAGCCUUACGCUGCACAAACCUACGACAAGAAGGCACCGCCAGGCUAUGUCAGGAACGUGGAGUUCGUCGCAUCGUCCAACCAAGUCAGGGCAGAAGACCAGUUCACAAAUCUGUUCAGCGAUGACAACCCGAAUGCCUGUUCCGUAAUGUAAAAGUAAAACAAAUUUCUCCUUUUCCGAGUGAAAGUGCGGUCUCAUGACUCACUGGAUGUUUCUGAGCUUUCGUUCUCAUGCAAUAUAAUAUGAAUAUCACAUAGUUACAAUGUUG